AUGCUGCGCCGCGUAGGAACCGUGCGACUCUGGAGGCUGUCGCGACUACUCACAAAUCCUGUUGUGUCUUCUGCUUUGGGUGAAGGUGCAGCCAUUUCUUCUUCGCAACCACAGUCAUCAUUGCCAUCAGUAUCAGCGCCACCGUCCUCCUCGGAUAUUCUGAAGUACCCAUACGAGGUGGUCGACACACCAGAGAAACUAGAGAAAGCGGUGGGAUCCCUUUUAAAGGCUCGAUCGAUCGCCCUCGAUAUUGAGGCUUUCUGCACGACGGAACAUGCGAAACAACUGGGACGUAUUUCACUUGUGCAAGCCUGCUCAGAUGCUAAGCCCGUAGUCUUUCUAUUCGAUGUGCUCACACUUACGGCCCCAACCUUUGUAAAGAGUGUGCAACCCUUACUGGUGAAUAAAAAGGUACGAAAACUGUUGUUUGACUGUAGGCGGGACGUUGAGGCCCUGAGUUGCCAACUAGGGCUUAAGCCAGAAGGGGUCUUGGAUCUACAGCUUUUUUUUACCGCCAUUCAAUGGAAGCUCCGCAGUGUAAACCGCCGUUCUGGUAUGACGUACGUACUGAAAAAUGUCGCGAAGCUCACGAGGCAAGAGGGCGACUCCGCAGUGCAGGCUGCCAUGACACUGGGAAACCGCCCUGUGUGGGAUGUUCGCCCAUUGCCAGACCACUUCUUGGAGUAUGCAGCCGAUGAUGUGCGGCACAUUCUGUUGCUCUCAAACUACCUUAUUGGAAAUAGCAAGGGGUCACUCGACGCGGAGUCGGUGGAGCGGCUUACCGCGCAAUACGUUGAGCACUACGCGAUUGGGAAGCCUAUCACAGAGGAGGCCGACGCCACGCCGGCGGAAGUGAAUGUUGCGUGGCUGGAGCGCUAUAUAGGACCGGGUGGAGUGUGUCACUUCUGUGGUGCCAAAGGGCACACGGAAGCUGAAUGCUUUAAGAAACAGAACGGUAAGGCCAAGUGUUCGUUCUGUGGUGAGAGUGGACACACUGCACGGAAUUGCUUUAAGAAGCACCCACAGCUUCUUAAGUGUGAAAAGUGUGGACAGCUGGGGCACACCAGUGCCAGUUGCUUCCGGGCAAAUCCUUGCAAACACUGUGGGGGCCCACACAGUAGCGCGAAUUGUCACAAGAAACUACGGCAGCAAAAGUAUUUUGGCGACACAUGUUCCCCUCAGGAUGGGGAGGGGAUGUUUCGAUCGAAGUGA